AUGUUCAAGGAUUUCCGGAUGGGCGACGACGAGGCGAACGAGCAGCCUCAAUCCGAGCAGGUUCGCGAUAUACUGUUGUUGCCGAAGGCGACCAGCGAGGACGUCCAUGAAUCAGCCGCUGAUCAGAUCGCCAGCGUUGUCGACUUCAUUCACGUCAAGCUCGCCGAGUAUAUAGAAGUGAUCCAACAGAAUUGUCGGGCGGUUUUCGUGGUGAACUACGUUCAGAAUGGCUUCAUCGCCGCCGAAUUUUGCGGAGAAAUCGCGAAACUCCUAAACGUGCUCAAAGUCAAGAGCUAUUCGGCACUUUGCGAGACCCUAGAAUCACUUAAAAACGAUGAGGAGAUGAAGCCUUCUGUGGACGCGCUGAACGACUCGAUAAAAGCAUGGAAUUCGUUCUUGAAGGAAAUUGACGACGAUUUGGACAAAACCAUCGGGCCGUGCAAUAAUUCGACGACAGAGCCAACAGAUGAUGGAGUGUUCGGAUUGCAGAGCAAAACAAUAUCGUACUAUUUGAGAUGUAGCCCGUAUGAUUGCAUUCUGAUGGUUGUCGUCAGAUCGUUUAACAAAACGGAAGUGAACGAUUAUAUUCUGGAGUUGUACAAGAGAAUCGAUCAACUCCGAAAACUGGGAUGCGAUGUGUUCCUGCUCACCAAGGGGCCCCCAAUUGGAGCACGAGGUGGCGGAUACGUCAAGCUGAUAGGAGUGCCUUUUCGCAAGCUCUAUGAUGCCGAGGAAGCCGAGAAGGAAUUGAAGGCGCAUCGGAAGUCGGCGGAAAAGCACGCGAGUUGGGAGCCGCUUUGUCGGGUCGUCGAGAUGUCGCUGGUCGACGAGAAUCGGCCGGCGAGCUCGCAAGGGGCACCUGAUGAGCCGGUCGAUUUUAUUUCGCAGAAAGGCGGCACGGUUCUCGUCGCGAAAACCGGCGAAGUGCUGUUCAAGCAUAUUGAGGAUGAUAAGAAUGAAACGCUGCCCGACGUUGAGGAGAUUGUCAAAAUUGUCGAAACUUGUAAGAACAGCCGUCCGAAAUCGGCGCAGCCAAAAUCGUCGGCGAAUUUGGCAAAAGUCGAGUCGGAAAUUUCAGUGGCGAACGAGAAGAAGACGGAUGAGAAGAAGUCGUGUUGCGUGAUUUGCUAG